AUGGAGUGUUCUUCAAGUGAUACAACAGACAAUGAGCUAUUACAUAAAUUUAAGUUAAAAACAAAACAAUUAACGCGUGAAUAUAAAAAAUGUGUAAUAUGCAAAAAAGGCGCGAGACUGGAGGAAUCUACUCUAAUAACUAUGGAAACCAUUAAAAGGUCAGUGAAAAUGAGACUUGAUAUGCAAACUUACAAUAAUGACCUGAGAGCGCUUAGUGAUAAAAUAAAUAAUUCGUGUAAGUUAUGGUGGCAUAGAAACUGUUACUCCUCAUUUACAAGCCUUAAAAACAUUUCCAAGGCAAGGAAAUUAAAAGCACAAAGUAGUCAAUGCAUAGAAAAUCAAGAUGUAACCGAAAAGAACGACAGACAGAAAGCCGAUAAGUUGCGAUACCACAAGCCGAAUUUUAAUAUCAAUUUAUGUGUUUUUUGUCAAAAACUAAAGAAGGAUUUAAUUGCGGCUGAAGUCAAAUACCAUAGUAAUUGUUUCGCGGUAGAGUGGAAAAAAUAUAGUAGCAAAUCUGAGUCUAAUAAAGUAGCUUCUAUGGAUGACUGUGCAAGUCAAAACGAUAAAGGGAGUGACACCUGGCAAAAAAUUGUUGCGGAAAUAAAGCAAGGCAUAUCCAGAGGAAAAGUAUAUACUUCCGCUGCAGUUUACGACCGAUAUGCGCUAAUGGGUGGUAGCUUGAAUCCGCAGUAUUUUCUAAGGAAACUUAAAAUUUAUUUUAAGGAUGACGUCGAUUUUGUCAAAUCUUAUAAAAGUAAUGAAGCUACUUUAAUGUACCCAAAGUUACAAAAUAAUGUUUACAACGAGGUUGAAAUGCUUAAGGAAUCGGACUUUACAUAUCGACCUGUUCUGAAAAAUGAUACAUUUCUAAGUGCACUUCACCUAGUAGCCUCAGAAAUUAAAAAGGACCUUCGAGAAAUGGAAGACACUGACAUUCUAACAGUUCCCAAUAUCGAUAAUAUGAAAAAGAGUGUUCCACUAUCGCUACUGAAUUUGCUGGGUUUGCUUCUGUGUGAUUAUGCAGACGAUGAUAAAGAAGUUAGAAUUUUAACGUUUUCGUACCACAGAACUAGCAGGAAUCGUUUCGUACAAUUCGCGGCAGACAAUAUAGAUGUAUUAGAAGAAACUAUCGACGGCCGCAAUACGUUUCACGCAACUCAAAUAGUAGCUUUUCAGCAAUGCCCAGAAAACAAAUCAUCGUUCAGUAUUCCACCUGUAAAGAUGACGAAGCGACUUAUUAUUCAUCAAAAUUUCCAUUCUUUGAUAAAUGCGCAAUACAUUAAGACCAAAAGACCUUCGCCACAUUGCGAACAAAACGAAAAAUAUGUUCAGGUGUCUGCCGAAAAGUCGAAAGCAUGCAGCAUUAGCCCAAAUAAUUUAGUGUGGAUUUUGAGUAGAAAUCAAAACUGUGAUUCACAAAUCAUACCUCAGUGGACUGGGUUUAACAAAAUAACUGACAAUUCAGAUGGCAUUCCCACCUUUAAAGGAUAUUUUCCUAUUCUCCCAUAUGUUGCUUCCGAAUACGAUACUUUGUGGACAGUCAUGCUUAGGUGUCGAGAUCUUACUUCACAUCUAAAUAUAGAAAAUACAGUAAUUACGUUUGACCAAGCAUUGUACUGUAAAGCGAAGGAGUUGCAGUGGUUGCACCAGGACGAAUGCAAGAGAUUCGUUCUGAGAUUAGGAGGUUUCCACAUUAUGCUAAAUUUUGUCAGAGUUAUCGGUCAAAGGGUGGAAGAUAGUGGGUUUUCAGAUAUUAUUGUGGAAUCAGGUGUGUAUUCCAAGACAACAUGUGAGAAUAUACUGAAAGGUAAAAUGUGGAACAGAGCCAUAAGAUGCCAUAAAUUAGUUUACGAAUCUUUAUGGAGAAUUCUGAUGGAUGAAUAUGCAGAUUGGCUCAGGACGUCUUUUAAUGAGGACACUGCUGAUUUUCAGGAGUUAAUGGACAUGGUCACGGAAUUGUCAACAACCAUCCAAGAUAGAGAUUCCAGUGAAAUUUCCGAAAUUACCCAAAGAGCGAUAAAUAAAAUAAGACAGAUGCAAUCAUUUUCCGAUUUUCUCAAUCACAUUCAAAAUGAAACCGCCCAGUUUUGGAUGUCGUAUUUAGAUAUGGUUAAUACGCUUCUCACAUUCAUACACGCUGAGAGGACUGGAAAUUGGAAUGAAUAUUUGACGGCCUUUUACAACAUGCUUCCCUGGUUCGCAAUAUAUGAUCAUCACAAUUAUACACGAUGGGGCACCGUAUACUUCUUAGAUAUGAUUAAUCUGAAAAACUUAGCUCCUGACGUAUUUAAUGAAUAUGUAAACAAGUGCUUUUCUGUGAAAACUACAGCUAACAGCUUCAAUCGUAAAGCCAUUGAUCAAGCUUUAGAGCAUGUUAACAGAGAUUUUAAUUAUUCUAUUAAUAAGAGUUCAACAUGUGCUUCAAACAAAAAUAUUGAAUUAGGAACGAAGCGCUUAGCAAAGGACGAAACAGAUGUCUGUUACCUGAAAGAACAGUUCUGUAGAUUUACAGUUUUUUCAAGAGACACAUCAUCUCUUGUUUGUAUUACAACAAACGAUGUGGUCGAAAAUAAUCUAAAGCAACAAGUUUUAAAUGCCAAAGAAAAUGGAUUUGCCAUUAUUGAUGAUGUUGUGUUAAAAAUGGGCAGCGAAGACUUUUACAAGCCCUUAAAAAAAUCAGGCAUAAAGUCAUUUCCUAAAAAUGUCUCCCAAAAAAUCACGCCUCAUGGUAAAUGGAAUUCUAUGAAGAAAGGUCAGCAAUUAAUUCAAAGACUGUUGGCGGUAUCAAAGCGCAGAAAAAUUUCAUUAGAAGAAGUAUAUUCGCAUGAAUUAACAGAUUAUCCAAUGUCUUUAUCUGCAAACGGACUAUUAUCUAUACCUACAACUAAAAGUACGCUAGGGGCAAUUCUACAAGGAUAUGGAAAGGUAUAUACCGAAUACCAUCCUGAAAAAGAAAAGGCUUGUGUAAUAAUAGAUGCAAUGUCCAUUGUUCAAGGCAUCGGGAAACCAACGAACACAAAAACAUUCGGAGAGUAUGCAACGUUGUUCUACAACAUAGUUAGUAGAUAUUUUGUGAAGUACAAACGUGUAGAUUUGGUUUUCGACCAAUACAAACAAAAUUCCUUGAAGAAUGGCACAAGACAGAAAAGAGCAGGACAACAUCGGCCAAUUAGGAAAAUAGUUGACGGUGACGAUGUGCCCCUACCUGUGAAAUGGGAAAAUUUUAUUCAUUCGUGGGAAAACAAAUUGGAUUUCACUCACUAUUUGUCGACAUAUACAAUGACAAGAGCUAGACGCGACGGCUUACAUCUAGUAACAUCUGGAGGUUUUCGUGACUUUCUUCGCUUUGAUGCAGUAAAUGAACUGUUACCUCAGUCGUCAGAACUCAUAUCUUCGAAUCACGAGGAAGCGGACACCAGAAUGCUACUGCAUAUUUUGUCAGCUAAAGAGGAAGGCUAUACAGAUUGUGUUAUUUCCUGCAAAGACACUGAUGUACUAGUUUUAUUAGUACACUUUUUCAACGAACUAAAUAUUAAUUUGUACAUGCAAACAGCGGUAAAUAAGAUAAUAGACAUAAAAUCUAUCCAAUUACAUGAAGACAUAAAAGGAAACUUACUGCUGUUCCACGCUUUAACUGGGUGCGAUGUAACUAGCCAAUUCAGAGGAAUAGGAAAAAAGACCGCGUGGAAAACUUACGAGAUCAAUUAUCAUCUCCUUUCAUCAACACGCUCCGAGCCUUUUGAUGAAAACAAAUUUGAGGACUUACAGAAGUUCGUCAUGUUACUCUAUUCAAAUGCAUCAACUGGAGUAUGCAAUACGAUUGACUGUUUGAGAGCUAAAAUGUCCACGAAGGUUGCUAUUGAUAAAUUGCCUCCUACGUCAGACGCACUCAGACAACACUGCUUAAGAACAGUCUAUCAGAUGAUAAUUUGGAAAGGUGCCUUAAAGCCAGUUAUGACUAUACCUGAUCAUAAUAAUUAUGGGUGGACAACAAAUGAAAACGGAGAAAUGUCUCCUAUAUUUACAACAAAACCGGCACUACCAAUCUUGACUGCAGAAAUGUCGUUGUGUGCAUGUAAAACGGGCUGCAGAAGCCUUAGGUGUCAGUGCAAAAAUAAUAAAUUACCAUGUCUCACGACAUGCCAAUGUUCUGGAUCAAGGUCUUGCCUAAAUGAAUUUACAGAAUACCGCUCAGAUUCUUCCGACGGAGAAGACGAUGUGGAUAUAAAUGACUGA